GCAGGGGCCUUCUCAGGGUUCUGAGGGUGCAGGCACCCACUCUCUAGGCGACUGCAGCCUCUGGCAGGGCACGCCCUCGGUGGUAUUGCCGCGCCCCUCCCAGGUCCGCCCCUCCCGCCCCAGGGAGCGCGCACCCGCUGCUGGAGAGUCCUGCCCGCCUCACCUUCCCAGGCGGGAGAAGAUGGAGAAGACAAACUGGGUCUCCGGCCAUCGGAUUCCCGGCCCGAACUGCCCACGGUAUCCAUGCCCGUGAAGUGGUGGCACUGACCAAGCCUCAGAAACCGAGAUUGGGGCAGAUCGGAACGCAGAGGCCGCAUCCUCCAACCACUGAGAGUCCCAGCAUCAUGCAUGAGGGUACUGCCUGCCGGCUGCCCAGGGAAGUCCGGGCGCGACCUUAGCCUGGGCUUCAGAUCCCAACCCCGCGCUCUAAGGGCUGAAGUCGCCCUAUGCCAGGGGUGUCGCCCCAAGUGCAGAGAUUGGGCUGCUCUGGAGCCUAGGGCUCUUUUGGUUAGGGAACCUUCGAGAAGCACGCGUUGGAAGCUGUGUGGACCACCACCUUAGGGAGCCACGGAAGACGUGCGGAGGGCCAGGAGCCCAGGGCCCGAACAGCUUCAGAGAACUGACUGAUAUUCCAGUGUAGUCAGUGCGCUUGCAAAUUCUAAAUCAUGGAGACCAAUCAGGAAGUGUCUCUCUUUUUGGUGAAGAUCUUAGAAGAACUGGACAGUAAGCAAAAUACUGUUUCCUAUCAAGAACUGUGCAAGUCACUAUGUGCUCAGUUUGAUCUGUCGCAGCUUGCCAAACUGAGAAGCGUGCUUUUCUACACCGCGUGUCUCGACCCCAACUUUCCAGCCACCUUAUUCAAAGACAAGAUGAAAUGCUCUGUAAACAAUCAGCAGUCAAAGAAGAUCAUGGUGGCAGCAGAUAUCGUGACCAUCUUCAACCUGAUUCAAAUGAAUGGCGGCACAGCCAAGGAGAAGCUACCCACAAGUUGCCCCAAGGUACGCAAGAAGGAGGCAUCCUUUGAAUCUUGCAGGUCGGACACCGAGGUGUGCAAUCCGACAGUCUGUGAGCCUAUGAACUGUGAGCUAGGUGAGAGGCCCUUCAGCCGAGGCUACCCCACCAGGCAAUCGUCCAAAUGCCGGAAGAGGGACUGUAAGGAAUGUCCACAGUUUGUCCCUGCCUCUGAGCCCAACUUCCUCUUGGGUGUCAGCAAAGAGGUGAAAAACCGGGCAGCAUCUCUGGAUAGGCUACAAGCCCUCUCCCCGUAUUCUGUGGCCAGCCCCCAGCCUUGUGAGAUGCAGAGGACCUAUUUCCCCAUGAAUAUCGAGAAUGAGUCCAUUUCAGAUCAGGACUCGCUGUCCAUCAGCCAAGGCAUCAAGGAGACCUUCAUCUCCAGCGAGGAACCAUUUGUGGUUCAGUCCUGUGUUCAGAAAAGGAACAUCUUCAAAGAAGAGUUCCACAAUCUCAUGACUGUAUCCCCCAGUUUUGUGGGUCCCACUAACAAAGCUGAGGGGGAUCGUGGGGAGACCCAGAGUCAGAAGGAGCUCCACAAGCCACCCUUCUUUAACCACAGCUUUGAGAUGCCUUACCACAAUCAGUACCUGAAUCCAGUGUACUCCCCAAUUCCUGACAAAAGGCGGGCAAAGCACGAAAGCUUAGAUGACCUUCAAGCCUCUACCUAUUUUGGACCCACCCCAGUAAUGGGAACACAAGAUGCUAGGCGCUGUCCAGGAAGGUCCAGCAAACAGACUCCAUGGCCCGCCAAAAGCUGGAGCCUAAACACGGAGGAAGUGCCUGACUUUGAACGGUCCUUUUUCAAUAGAAAUCCCUCUGAGGAGAAGCUACGCUAUCCAAAUUCUGGCAGCCAGACCCCCAACUUCUCAGGCCCAGAUAGGCAUCCAACUUACCUGGUGCCAAAGGAUCAACAGAAAGUUCUCCCUGCUGGCUAUGCAGUGAAACCGAAUGGACUCAAAUCUAAAGAAAUCUCAUCCCCUGUUGACCUGGAGAAGCACGAAGCAGCCAAAAAGUUUAAAGAGAAGAGCAUCAGCUGCACCAGUGGGCAGCACAGCUCAGACACCAGCAGUGUGGGUACCCAGACGGAGCAGCAUGUGCUGGAGGCCCCAAAAUGUAAGGACUUGUGUACUCUGGGCCAGGCCAAAUACAGUGACAGACAUACCAUGAAACACUCGGAUGACGACUCGGAAAUUGUCAGCGACGACAUCAGUGACAUUUUCCGGUUUCUUGAUGACAUGAGCAUCAAUGGCUCCACAGGAGUGAUACAGUCAUCCUGCUACAAUAGCACCGGCUCCUUGUCUCAGCUUCACAAGUCAGACUGUGACAGUUCCCCAGAGCAUAACCUCGCCAAAAUCACCAGUGGAGCCUCCAGCAGCAAGGGAGACAAGUGUAACCGGCCUGAAAAUGUCCACCAUUCUGAAGAAGAGUUGAAGACCAGUGUAUGCAAACUGGUUCUCAGGAUUGGUGAGAUCGAGCGGAAGCUGGAAUCGCUGUCAGGGGUCCGUGAGGAAAUCUCCCAGGUCCUUGGAAAGCUCAAUAAACUGGAUCAGAAAAUACAGCAGCCGGAGAAAGUGAACGUGCAGAUUGACUUGAAUUCCUUGACCAGUGAGGCACCUUCUGAUGACAGUGCCUCUCCGAGGGUCUUCCGUGCACACAGUGGCUCCCACGGGCCCAAACUGGAGAACAGCCCCGACUGGUGCUGCUCCGACGCCAGCGGAAGCAACAGUGAAAGCCUGCGAGUCAAGGCCUUAAAGAAAAGCCUCUUUACCAGGCCAUCUUCCAGGUCCCUGACUGAGGAGAACAGUGCCACAGAGUCCAAAAUUGCCAGCAUCUCCAACUCCCCCAGAGACUGGCGAACCAUCACUUACACCAACCGCAUGAGCCUCAACGAAGAGGAGAUCAAAGAUGCGGGCCCGAGGGAUAACAAAGACUGGCAUCGGAAAUCUAAGGAGGCAGACCGGCAGUAUGACAUUCCCCCACAGCACCGACUGCCCAAGCAGCCCAAAGAUGGCUUCCUGGUAGAGCAAGUAUUCAGUCCACAUCCUUAUCCCACCUCCCUCAAGGCCCACAUGAAGAGCAACCCCCUGUACACAGACAUGCGGCUGACUGAGCUGGCUGAGGUUAAGCGGGGCCAGCCUUCUUGGACCAUAGAGGAGUAUGCUCGGAACUCUGGUGACAAGGGCAAGUUGACAGCCCUGGACCUGCAGACUCAAGAAUCUUUAAACCCAAACAACUUAGAAUACUGGAUGGAAGAUAUUUAUACUCCAGGCUAUGAUUCAUUGCUAAAACGAAAAGAAGCUGAAUUCCGACGAGCCAAGGUCUGCAAGAUUGCUGCUCUCAUCACUGCGGCUGCAUGCACGGUCAUUCUUGUCAUUGUUGUGCCCAUCUGCACAAUGAAGUCCUGAACCUGUGGACCCAACAUUACAUGCAGCUCACAGCUUUCACUGUUUUCUUCUGGAUUUCUAAAGCUCACCUCAGUGUGGAUAUUUGUUGAAAUAGAGAAAAAAAAAAUCUCAGAUGCUUUUCUACAGGGCUGAAGGUUUUCUUCAGAGAGUAUAUCCUCUAGAAAGAAGUCUACCUAGCUGUUAAGCUUAGCUGUAGUUAGACUCUGAUAUAUUUUCAAAAGUACAGUACCUUUUUCCACAUAAUGAAGGCCAUGAAUUAUCUGUAAAUAAAAAUUGAAUAUUCCAAGCAAAGGAAACAAAAGGAAGACUAAUUAAUUGUCUUCUUUCAUUUUGAUGAUGAUUCAUAGUGGGCAUUAAGUUAUGCAGAACAGAUCCAAUACCUGCUCUUUGGAGGAGCUGAUGGUGUCACAAAGAUGAGAAAGCAACAGGGGUGGGAUCAGUUUCUUUAACAGUCUAAGACUGUUGCUGGUGAAAUAACUGGAUGUGUCCACCAAGAAUGUGGCUUCUAUUCAGUUAUCAAGGGCUACUGACUUCCUCCUUGCCCUUCUGCCAUUGCCAGUGUAGAACUUCUGAAUUCCUGCAUUUCUUCAUAGCGAUAUUCUAAACCCUCUCCUUGGGCCCAGGUAGCAAGGAGCCGUACUUCCACACCGAGCAUGAUAUACGGUGUUCUUUUUUUUUUUUUUUUUU